GAACCAUCGUCGCCGAAAUGAUCCGACACUUGGCCGCUUGACUCUUAAAUAGUAUCAAAAUCCGACUCUGUGUUCAUACUUCCUGAAUUUCCACCGACUCCUCUUUGGAUUUCUUCCCUUUUAUUUUCUUUUUUAUUUUCUGGGUUCUUCAAUUCUCAUCUUGUUCAUCAAACCCUUUUAAUUUUAUGGACAAUCUCCUCGACGAUUUCCCCAAUUCAUGGAAUAAUUUUCACUACAACCCUCAUCUCUCAAAUGGGUUCUUCAACGUCAACCGAGAAAUCUUCGACCCUCUUCAUCAUAAUUCGUCGUCGUCGUCGUCGUCGACAUCGCCGUCGCUGUCGCCGUCGAGCACGGAGGGUAACUCACCGGAUUGUCACGACACCUCAAAUACGAUGCUGAAGUACAUCACGGAGAUGCUGAUGGACGAAGAGGAAGAUCUCAAAACUAAGCCCUGUAUGCUUAUUGACUGUUUGGCUCUUCAAGCUGCUGAGAAAUCUUUUUAUGAUGUUCUUGGUAAGAAGUAUCCUCCUUCUCCAAUCGGCCUUGGCGAUUCUACUCAGAAUUUUAGCUCUGAUUUGGGUUUUUUUAAGGCUGAAGAUGAAUCUGAAUCUUUUAGUGGAGAUUCCUCUGUUUUUCCCCCUUCUGAUAAACCUCUUUUGAGUCAAGAUUCCUUGUUUGGGAUGCAAUAUAUUUUCCAUUUUAGGCAAGGAGCUGUGGAGGCUAGCAAAUUUCUUCCUGUUAAUGGUAAAUUUGGAACCAUUGACUUGGAUAAUGAUUCAUCUGCUUCUGUUCCUUCUAGGGCUGUUGAUUUUUCUUGGCUUGCUGCUGUGGGUGAUGCUAGAUCCACCCUUCCAAAUGGGUUGUUUAGAGAAAAGAAGAAUCAUCAAAGGGAAGACAGUGAUGAGGAGUUGAGAAGUACUAAACAAUCUGCUACUUUUGCUGAUGAUAGUUCAUUGUCUGAGUUGUUUGAUGAACUCUUGCUAUGUAGGGGUGAGAGCCGGCAGUCCCCAUCAUGGGGUUCGGACGAAUCGUCGGAGAACGAAUCGAGUAAGAAAUCGAGAAAGAAAAUGAAAGGUAAGAAGAAUCGAUCUAGGAAGCAAGAGAGUUGUGUGGAAGUUGUGGAUUUAUGGACAUUGUUGAUUCAAUGUGCUCAAGCUGUUUCAAAUUAUGAUCAGAGGACUGCUAAUGAGCUGCUUAAUCAAAUCAGGCACCAUUCUAAUCCAUCAGGGGAUGGAAACCAAAGAUUAGCUUAUUUCUUUGCUAAAGGCCUCGAGACUCGGCUUGCGGCCGGGACGCCGCUGUAUAUGCCGUUUGCAAGCAAUGAAACCUCUGCUGCUGAUAUCUUGAAAACUUAUCAGAUGUUCAUCAAGGCAUGCCCCUUUCGGCGGAUGUCAUAUUUCUAUGCCAAUAGAACGAUUCUGAAGCUAGCUGAGAAUGUAACAAGGCUGCAUAUUGUUGAUUUUGGUAUAUUAUAUGGUCUUCAAUGGCCUUGCUUGAUUCAGCGGCUCUCCAACAGACCUGGUGGACCUCCCAAGCUGAGAAUCACAGGGAUCGAACUUCCUCAGCCAGGCUUCCGCCCCGCUGAACGUGUCGAGCAGACUGGACGUCGCCUUGCACAUUACUGCAAAAGAUUCAAUGUCCCAUUUGAACACAAGGUCUUGGCUCAGAAAUGGGAA